UCGAUAAAAGUAGCCAACAACAAAAGAAAAAAAUGGACAAUGAUGAUGAUGAACAUUAUCAUCAUCAUUAUUGUUGCCGUCAUCAAAAACGAAUUAUCAAUCCAAAGUCAUCAUCAGGUGCCAAUAAUCAUUGCCAUCAACCAUAUUGUUGUCUAUAUGGUUCAUCAUCAUCAUCAUCAAUGUUUAAUCGAAUUAAUUCAACUACCUCAGCUACGAUAGCUCGAUUAGAGCCAUAUCGUGAUCAGCCGCCGCUGCUACCACCAUCAUCAUCAUCGCCAACACAAUCCAAAUCCACACAAUCAUACAAUCUUUUGGGACAAUGUUCGCUUUCAGAUCAAUCAUUAUCCGCUGUACAAACUAUGAACACAAAUAACAACAUCAGCAGCAGCAGCAGCAGCAGCGGUAAAUAUGUAUCACAAAUUAAUGAAUUAUCUGGCUCAACACAAAUGCUUCGUAUGGCCAUGAAUAUUAAUAGCAAUAAUAAUAAUAAACAACAACAACAACAGCAGCAGCAAUCGACAAUCACAACCAACACAAUGGUUGAACAGUUACAUCAACCAUUCAUACAAUUUGGCCGUAUGAAUAUUGAAAUGAAAAAUCCAAAGCUGUUGUUAGUAUUCAAUGAUAAAUAUGAUAAUCAUGCCAAAUGGUUAUGUGAUGCUGGAAAAAAAUCUGGUUUCACAAUUAUCGAUUUAGUCGAUACAAAAGAAUCGGCUAUGAAUUUAUAUGUUGAAAAACAACAUGAGCUAAUCAUAAUUGACAGCCGAUCUCAUGUGUAUAAUCAUCAACAUCAUCAUUAUCAUGAUCAUCAUCAGCAACAACAACAACAACGACAUGUUCGUUUUGAUAGUAAUAAUUCGGCUAGAACAAAAUUUCUUUUACAAGAUUCAUCAUCUUCACAUCCGCCCGCAUCAUCAUCAUCAUCAUCAUCAUCAACGUUAUUAUUUUGUGAUAAUAGACAGCAGCAGCCAACUUUGGAUUCAUUAAAUUUGUGCAGAGCAAUUCGUGAUAUAAAAGGCAGUGAAUUUACCAUAGUUAUGGCAUUAAUGAAUAAAAACUUUUAUGAUUAUAAUGAAAAACCGGAUGAUGAAUCUUAUUAUCAUCAUCAUCAUAUGAUGAUGAUGAUGAUGGACAUUUAUAAAUCCGGUUUCAAUCGGUGUAUAUCGGAAACCGUUUCUCAAGGUUGUGGUUAUUAUCAAAACGAAUUGAUUCAAUUAUGUGUAUUUGAAUUACCGAUGCAAAUGAAAUUACGUGCCGCACAAACAAUGAUGAUGGCCAUUGAUUCCUGUAAAGAUGGUGUAGUCAUUACUGGUCCAUCACAUGAUAUACGAUAUGUUAAUCAAUCAAUUGAAAAAAUGUUCGGUUUCCGUGCCGAAGAUAUGAUCGGACAGCGAACACAGGAUUUUUUCCAAAAUGACCUAAUUAAAAUGGAUGUGGAUGAAAAAAUCAAUAACUAUAAUGAUGGCAAGGAAUGGGAAGGACAAAUAUAUCAUCGAAGAAAAUCCGGUGAAAGUGUACCAAUUUGGAAUCGUAUAAUGCCAAUUAAUUAUCGAAAAGGUGUACCUGAAUACAUCAUCUAUAUUAAAGAAUUUCCAUUCCUUUUUGUUGAUAAACUAAUGAGUCCAGAAAGAGAAUUCUCAUCAAGUCAUGGAUCAUUGGCAACAUCAUCAUCACCGAAUACAGCGGCUGCAGCAAGAAAUGCAUAUCGUAAAAUGUCAACCAUUGAUGUUCGUUCAGAAGCUCGGAGACCAAGUUUAGCAAAAUUCAAUUCCGUAUCAAUGAUCGAAGCUCCUAUAACCAAGGUUAUAAACAUCUUAAUGGCCAUAAAAGAAAGUGGUCCAACAUUUUUAGCGCCAACAUUAGAAAAAGCUAUUGAUAUAUUGAAAAAUUCUGAAGUAUUCAAUAAAUUUCAGAAUCAAAUCAAUCCAGAUGAUCAGGUUACAUCGGAAUUGGUCAGUAGCUUGAUGAAUACAUCAAAUAAAUCAACCAACAGUAGUACAAGACGAUUGUCACAUGAUGUACCAUCACAUAAGAAUAGUGUUUCAUAUCAUCUAACACAAACAAUGUCUACGCCCACGUAUUCAAGUCAACAACAAAGCCACCAUCAUUCUCAACAACAACAAUAUCAACAUCAAUCAAGUCUAUCGUCAUCGAUAACCGUACCGGCUAACAUACAAAAAUUAUUAGAUAAUGAUCUCGAAUGGAAUUUCGAUGUCAUUGAACUUGAAAGAAUAUCAGAUAAAUGUCCAUUAUUAUGGCUUGGCACUUCAAUAUUCGAUCGUUUUAAUGUAUUACAAACAUUAAAUUGUAGCCAAACGGUAGCUCGAAAUUGGCUUUCAUUAAUCGAAGCUAAUUAUCGCAAAAAUUCAUACCAUAAUUCUACACAUGCAGCUGAUGUAAUGCAAGCGACAGCAUAUUAUUUAAUGUCUGAACGACUAAAAACAUUAUUCGAUCCGUUUGAUCAGGCCAUUUGUUUGAUUGCGGCCAUCAUUCAUGAUGUUGAUCAUCCUGGUAGAAAUAGUGCUUUUCUUUCGAAUUCAAAUCAUGAAUUAGCCGUACUAUAUAAUGAUAUAUCGGUUCUAGAAAGUCAUCAUGCUGCAUAUGGUUUUCGGCUCACCGUUCUAGGACCGGAUUCGGAUCGUGUGAAUAUAUUUAAAAAUCUUGAUCGUGAAACAUAUCGUGAAUGUCGUCAAUCAAUCAUCGAUAUGGUUUUAGCAACCGAAAUGACCAAACAUUUUGAACAUUUAACCAAAUUCGUUCGUACAUUUCAAUCAUUCAAUAUUGUUGAUGAUGAACAAUUGAUUAGUCUGGAUAAAUAUAAAAGUGUUGGUGGUGGUAGUGGUAACAAAAAUGAUGAUGAUAAUAUUUCGACAUCAACCACUGUAUCAGAUUUGGCCACCCCAGAGAAUAUAGUCUUAAUCAAACGGAUGUUAAUCAAAUGUGCCGAUGUUUCAAAUCCAGGUCGGCCGACCAAGUUAUGUGAAGUUUGGGCUAAUCGAAUUGCAUCCGAAUAUUGUGAUCAGACCGAAGAAGAAAAACGUAAAUGCCUGCCUGUUGUGAUGCCAACAUUUGAUCGACGAAAUUGUUCAAUACCAAAAUCACAAAUUGGUUUUAUCGAUUAUUUUGCCAACGAUAUGUUUGAAGCUUGGCAUUCGUUUGGAAACUUUACCGAAAUGAUUGACAAUAUGAAUAUUAAUUAUCAAUAUUGGAAAGAUAAACUAUCUGCAUCGGCCGAAUCAAAAUCUCGAAAAGUAUCCGAAUCGGCUGAAGAUGAUAUCAAAGAAGUGGAUGAAGAAAACACUAAUGAUACAAGCUGAUUUCCUAUAUAUACAUCGAUAUUGGAUCAUAUUCUGAUCAUAAUAUAACAACAAAUUGUACAAAAUGCAAUGAAAAUCGAAAUGUUAUUUCCUCGUUCCCAAAAAAUUCCCUUGUAUAAUUCCCUUGUUUUGUUGUUGUUUAAAAAAAAAAACUGUUAUCAAAUUUAAAUUUUACCAUUUAUUAUUAUUAUUAUUAAUGAUGAUGAAUGUUUUGUUUUGACAAAUUGUUGUGUGCCCUCUCCAUCAUACAUUUUGACACCGGUGUCCGCCCAUUUUCAUUUUCAUUUUCAUAUAUAUAAAUACCAUUGUGACAUUUGUUUAUUGUCGAUUGUUUUAUUUUUCAAAUGUAAUAAAUUUCCGAUAAAACCAAA